AUGUCAGAAGAUAAAAAGAAAAAACUACAAGCCACGGGCUUAGUGGACUGGCCAGUGUUUAGCGAAAUAAUAGCCAUGGACGAAGAUGAAGAGGAAUUCUCCAAGUCGUUGAUACAAACGUUUUAUACUCAAGUGGAAGAAACUUUUCAAAAAUUUUCCAAUUUGAUCAACGAGAAAAAUUUAGAAGAGUUAUCCAAAGCAGGACAUUUUCUCAAGGGUUCAGCCGCUGCUCUUGGAUUAGGUACAAUCGCCACCCAAUGUGAACGAAUUCAAAACUAUGGUCAUAAAAUAAACUUUGACAAUUUUGAGUAUCCAGCUACUGCCACUACCACUACUACUACAUCGUCACCGCAUUCUAUACACACCAGUUCUUCAGAAAACAAUACUAAUAACAACAACACCACCACCACUCCUGACGAAUCAAGUGAUGAUUUCUGGAUAGCAUUGAUCAAAGAUGCAUUAGAAAAAGCCCAAGAUGGAUAUACAAAGUCUAAGAAGGCAUUAACUGACUAUUAUUCGUGA